ACAUUGCCGUCAAUUCCCAGCAGCCUUGAUCCUUUCCUUUUCUGAUUCAGAAAUUACCUGUAGGUCUUCCAUCGACAGUGAACCCGCCUUGGUCUUAGGCCCUCUGAAGUCUGUGCAGGAGCUGCGGAGGGAGCAGCAGCUGGCUGAGAUCGAGGCCCGCAGGCAGGAGAGGGAGAAAAACGGUAAAGAGGAAGGCGAAGAAAGAAUGACCAAGCCUCCCGUGCAGGAGAUGGUAGAUGAGUUACAAGGCCCCUUCUCGUAUGAUUUCUCUUACUGGGCACGGUCUGGAGAGAAAAUCACUGUUACACCAUCAUCUAAAGAGCUGCUCUUUUAUCCCCCUUCAAUGGAAGCCGUUGUCAGUGGAGAAAGCUGCCCAGGGAAGCUGAUCGAGAUCCACGGGAAGGCAGGCCUGUUUUUAGAAGGCCAGAUCCACCCCGAGUUAGAAGGAGUCGAGAUUGUCAUCAGUGAAAAGGGGGCAAGUUCACCACUGAUCACAGUCUUUACUGAUGACAAAGGUGCCUACAGUGUUGGCCCCCUGCACAGUGACCUGGAGUACACGGUGACCUCACAGAAGGAGGGCUAUGUUCUGACUGCGGUGGAAGGAACCAUCGGAGACUUCAAGGCCUAUGCCCUGGCAGGCGUAAGCUUUGAGAUAAAAGCUGAGGAUGACCAGCCCCUCCCAGGAGUCCUCUUAUCCCUGAGCGGUGGCCUGUUUCGUUCCAACCUCUUGACCCAGGACAACGGCAUUCUGACAUUCUCAAACCUGAGCCCUGGCCAGUAUUACUUCAAACCCAUGAUGAAGGAGUUCCGGUUUGAGCCAUCCUCACAGAUGAUCGAGGUGCAGGAAGGCCAGAACCUGAAGAUCACCAUCACGGGGUACCGAACCGCUUACAGUUGCUAUGGCACAGUGUCUUCCUUAAACGGAGAGCCCGAACAAGGGGUUGCCGUGGAAGCGGUGGGCCAGAACGACUGCAGCAUUUACGGAGAAGACACCGUGACAGACGAAGAGGGCAAGUUCAGAUUACGUGGAUUGCUGCCGGGAUGUGUGUACCACGUUCAGCUCAAGGCAGAAGGCAACGACCACAUUGAGCGGGCGCUCCCCCACCAUAGGGUGAUUGAGGUUGGGAAUAAUGACAUCGAUGAUGUAAACAUCAUAGUUUUCCGGCAGAUUAAUCAAUUUGAUUUAAGUGGAAAUGUGAUCACUUCCUCUGAAUACCUUCCUACAUUAUGGGUCAAGCUUUACAAAAGUGAAAACCUCGACAAUCCAAUCCAGACAGUUUCCCUUGGCCAGUCCCUGUUCUUCCAUUUCCCCCCGCUGCUCAGAGACGGCAAGAACUAUGUUGUGCUUCUGGACUCCACACUCCCCAGAUCCCAGUAUGACUACAUCUUGCCUCAAGUUUCUUUCACCGCAGUGGGCUACCAUAAACACAUCACCUUGAUUUUUAAUCCCACGAGGAAGCUGCCUGAACAGGACAUCGCACAAGGAUCCUACAUUGCCCUGCCAUUGACGCUGCUGGUUCUGCUGGCCGGUUACAACCAUGACAAGCUCAUUCGUUUGCUGCUGCAGUUGACAAGCCGGCUACAGGGAGGAGUCCGCGCGCUCGGCCAGGCAGCCUCUGACAAUAGCGGCCCAGAAGAUGCAAAGAGACAAGCCAAGAAACAGAAGACAAGGCGGACGUGAGGAGGAAGGGGACAGUUGCAGUCUCACUUGGGACAGGCCACAGCCAGGGGUCUGGCCACCACCUGCCCGUGGGAUAAAAGCCAAAAGCAUGCGUCAGCUAACUUCAGCCUGUGCUGCUGGGCCCGCACCCCAUGUCCCUUGUCACUGUGGCAUCCUGCAACCAUCCUCACCCCUCCGUAGAGCCCGUCAUGCAAUGCAAUGAAUGGACCCUCCUGUCACUCUGCUGAACAGAAUUUAUUUUCUGAGUCAAAUAUAAUUUAUUAUUAUUUUUGUCAAAGAAGUAUUUAAGCUGUGCUGUGGUGUGAGAAUGUCAUUCUUGAUCUUCAGCCUUCGUUUGCAAGAAGAGUUCCAGUUGAUGUGGUGUUUGGUUCCAUGGCGGGGUACCCUAGGGAUUCAUCUGUUUUCUUCACUUCCCUUUGCAUCUGAGAUCCUGCUGGAAACCACAGCAACCUGUAUCCACUAUUAGGAGGUAAAAAUCAAUAAAAUGGCCCAUUCAUUUGUGUUGUAGCUCA